GUGACGUUAGCGAGAAUUUGUGAAUUGGUCAUAUCUUACUAGACAUUGUGAUGUAUGAUAACCCCCUGCUUAGAGUUUUUUAUUUAGAAAGUUCGUCUUUCUGGACUAUACCAUUGUAACUACCAUCUUCAGGAUGAAUUCUCUUCGAAGAUGGCUUUACAGGCCGAAGAGGACAGACACCUCUCUGCUGGCCCAGUUCUUCUAUUCCGACGAGGAUCUGAACAUGGUGGCUGCAGAGCUGGAUAGUUUUGAUGGUCGCAAGGACCCGGAACGUUGCACAGCACUGGUGAACCAGCUGCGGGCCUGUCAGGACAAGGUCCUCACUGCCAUACAGAACAUCAUGGAGGACGCAGUCCCGGGACAAAGAGCCAGUCGGGACUUCCGUUGUAAAUUUCCCGAUGAUGUUAUCCAGGAAAACCUUGCUGGCCAGCUAUGGUUUGGGGCAGAGUGUCUGGCAGCGGGAUCGAGCAUCAUGAACCGAGAGGCUGAGAGUGCCAGCAUGCGACCUCUGGCACGUGCACUAACCAAGAUGCUGGACAGCCUUAGGACCAUCCUGAGGGAGCAGUGUCUCAAGAAUAUACACGAGUACACAGACAGGAUCAAAGAAGCACUUAUUAUAUUCGACAAACUGUUUGCCGAAUUUGAGCUCAGCUAUGUGAGUGCAAUGGUACCGGUCAAGACAAUGAAGGAGUAUGACACGAUACAGGAAAUCACUGUGCUCUUCUCUGAAACAGUACACAGGGCACUAAAAGUUGGGCUUCUGACCCAGGAUAUGAUCGAUGAGUACGACCCUGCGCUCAUGUUCACAAUCCCUCGUCUUGCUAUUGUCAGUGGACUGGUUGUGUUCCGAGAAGGACCACUGAAUCCAGACAACGAUCCAUGGAAUAUGUCAGACAUGUUCCGCCCAUUCCAAACCCUCCUAUUCAAGAUCAGAGAACUGCUGUAUACCUUGUCAUCUGAGGAGAUGGUGAUUGAACGCGCACUGUGCUCCGCAGAAGAGCCAACAUUCCUAGCCUCCCUCCAGCCGACCAUAGAAUCAGUGGAGGGCUUCACUCAAACAGAGUUCGUGAAACUUCACUCUGACAAGAACCAGGAUGUACAGGGUGGACAACUACUUGAGGACACGUUGGGAGGACCGAUACUCGUACACACACCAAAUUCUGGUAGUCCUGUCACCCCAGUCGCUCAGACAGAGUUUCCUGUAGGGACAAUGUCUGCCUCGACGUCAUGUGCAACAGUAAUUGCUGCAUCGCGAGGUAACAGCUUGGACGUUGAGGAUCAGCAAGAGCAGGAGUGUUUGUUGAACAAGAGUGAGAGCAACGACUCUGGGCUGCAUAGUGAGAAUGUCAGCACUUCAGACAGCAUUACGACAGUGUCAUCUGCAGAAUCACAACCGUUACUCAACGAUACUCUCACCGCGACUAAUUCUGAAGGGGAGAGAACUCUGGCAGAGUUAACAAGGGAUGCGAGUUGUGCCUCCCUUGAUGAUUCUUCUAGUUUGGAAGCGAUGGAGACUGGUGAAAGUAAUAAGACAUUAUCAGUUGCGGAUGUAUCACAUAGUAUUAGGCAAAUGUGCGCAGAUAUUGUGAAUGAUAUUGUUGAGACAACUGUAGUAGACACUGCAAGUCAGUCCGUCUGUCUGUCUGUUAGCCCUCCUCUGUCUCCCUCACGGUCUUCUGUGUCUUCCAAUCUUUUGAAGCCAUGUGAGGAAAGUAGCUCAGACUCAAUCAGCAUGUUAAGUGACUCUGUGAAUCCAAAACCAAAUGAAGAAAGUAGCUCAGAUUCUGUCAGUAUGUUGAGUGACUCUGUAAAUCCAAAACCAAAUGAGGAAAGUGGCUCAGAUUCUGUCAGCAUGUUGGAAGACUCUGUGAAUCCAAAACCAAAUGAGGAAAGUAGCUCAGAUUCUGUCAGCAUGUUGAGUGAUUGUGUGAACCAGUUAGAGGCUGCCUGUGAUCUCGGAGCUCAUGACACGGACAAUUUUGUGGGUAAUAGUGCAAUAGUCACCAGUUCCACCUCCCAUGAAACAUCUCCAGGCAAACCCAGCUGUUCUGUGAUAUUAGAUAGUAACGACAGAAUGGAUGAUACUGACCAAACCCACAAAUUGUCCAAACAUGGUCACUCUUCAAGCUCAAAAUCUUCACUUCAAGCAACAGGGUCUAGGAAAUCACAGAGAGACAAGAAAAGCUGCAGAACUUCAAAUAAUGGCAGUAACCAUGGCAACACGUUAGAUAAACUCCACAGUAAAGUUGGUGCUCCAAGUGGGGAGACAGGGGAGGGAACUCCGGAGCGACUCCCAUUACGGAGUGUGCAACGGCUUCGCUAUGCAGAGAGUAUUAGUUCAAGCUGCUCAAGUUGCAGAAGCGUUGGUUCCAGUGUCCAUGGCGACGGAGACUGGGAGAAGGAGAGCUGUGCAAGCAGUGAGACCAGCUCCUACAACUCGGAGUGCCAUGACGAUGAGGAAAUAGCCCUGGCAAUACAAGCAGCAGAGCUUGCAUCCCGAAAUGAGGCACGGUCUCGUUUCCGCAGCAGCAGCGACAUGAUUCAUCGGCUCUUCGUCUGUAUAUCAGGUGUAGCAGACCAACUUCAGACCAACUUCGCCAGUGAUCUGCGAAACAUUUUGCGAGCUGUGUUUGACAUGAACUGUGCAGAGCCUCUCAUUACCGAUGACAAUAUUGAUGUGGAUGUAGACGAUGAGGAGGCAGCUGCAAGUUCAUCCAAUGAAAGCUCACCUACCAGGAGCAGGAGUAACAUCGAAAAUCGAGAGUAUCUGUCUCACGGUCACAGCAGUGAAGCACAGGAACACACACAACCAUCCCAAGAUCCGCCCCACUGGGUGCCGGACGAGGUGUCACCAUUGUGCAUGGCGUGUAGAAUACCAUUCACCUUUGUGAGACGACGACACCACUGCAGGAACUGUGGCAAGAUCUUCUGUGGGCGCUGUUCCUCCAAUUCUGUUCCGCUGCCUCACUACGGACACGCAAAGCCUGUCAGGGUGUGCAACCGUUGUUUCAUGUUCCAAGUUACACCAUUCACCGUCGCUGGGGCGUCCUAGUUGUCAUCACAGGAUUGUCCUCGAUGCCCAUCUACUCCUCCAGCAAGUAGGAUCCAAGAUGUGUCCAUUAACUCUUUCAACAUGGACGUCCGUGUUGUCAUGCUGCACCUUCACCAAGGGCAUCGUAGUGGACCAGCUCCAUCAUCAAUUGAUUGAUCGAAUUGUCCAGUUACAUCUUCAACAUGGGGAGUACUUUUUGUCCAUCUGGGCCUUCAACAGGCGAGGUCCGUAUGGUGUCUAUCUACACCUUCAACAUGGGCGUCCUGGUUGUCCAGCUACAUCAUCAUCGAGGCCCUAUUGAUGUCCAUCUACACCUUCAACAUGGGCGUCCUAGAUGCCCAGCUACAUCUCCAGGGUGUCCAAGUUGCCUAGCUACAUCAUCUCCAGGGUGUCCAAGCUGCCUAGCUUCAUCGUCACUGGAUGGCCCUAGUUGUCCAUCUGCACCUUCAACAAGGGGCCACUUUUUGUCCAUCUACACCUUCAACAGGUAGCGUCCUUCAACUGUUGGAGAUGUCUGUGUUAUGGCAUUACACCAUUCCUCCCUGAAUGUAAGUGUAACAGCCAUAGCAAUAACUUUCCACGGAUGAAGAUGCUAUGUCGUUAAACCAUUCCUCAUUGCAAGGACGUGAGAAGGAUGUCCUCGCAGGCACACACCUAACUAAAUGGCUUCAUCAUUCCUUGUGGUGACUUAUUAGUGGCGCUACACUGGCAAUACACAUAACCAACCAGUAGCAGCCACUCCAUGUCCUAUGCUUUAACAUGUGUAUUCCUCAUAUACCAACCAAUAACCUCCAUGUUUAUAACAGAGCUGUCCAGUCAGUAUGAACAAGCUUGUACAGCGAUGCAUCAUUCUACUGUUAUUCAUGAUAUACCACCUGAUUGGUUUCCUACUUAGCAAUAUUGUCACGCAGCACAUUAUGACUGUCAACUCCAGAGUGAGGAGCCUGCAGCACCAGUGUCGAAUCAAUGGCUCAAUUGCCACGAAUUACACAGAGCCUUUUGCUCCAUGUUCUUGCUGCCUGUUGCAGCCAGGGUCACGGUUGCAGCUCCAGGGGAUCGCCAGCCAAUCAAAAUGAACCUGUUUAUACUCACACUUAUCCAGGAUAUUUUACAAUGAAGUGAUUGAUGUAUUUAUCGUGAAAGGAUGGCCACUGCGAUGGGACUUGCUCUUUCAUUUGUACUUCAGUUAAGUGCAUGGCAUGCUAGUUGUAUCCUUUUGUAUUUAUUUCCAUGGGAAAUUUUGAUUUUCUUCAUGGUGUUAAGUAGGCCCAGGGCAUAUGUGGCCCAGUGGUGUAAGUCGCUUCAAUUUGCUCACAGUUCAUUAGUUGUGCAAUGAUGCACUGGUCCUGGUUUCCUAUCCCACAUUAUUUAUUAUCCUUGGUCUGUCUGCACCAAACCUGUGCUUGUGGCUUUCACCUAACUGGUAACUAGUUAACUUGUGGCUUGAUAUUGCCGAACUCUGGUCCAGCCUGAAAGUUAACCAAGUUUAAUUAAAUAAAGUCAACUACACACAACAAAUUUGGUGCCACAACCAUUUGAAAUUGAUAUUUGAAAUCUUUAACCUGCAGAUGAACUAUGAAGACAUGGUAAGAUGGAGAAUCUCUGAUGGCACCGUAUUUAUCAAGUGCUUAUGUCCCACUGUCCACUCCACGAAAAACAACUCUCAUUAAGAUAUAACCAUAUGUAACAUUGGCAUCGUUUUUAAAGUUCACAACUGAGGUUUAAGAAAGUUGAACAAGGGUACUGAAUAGGGCACUGUCCUAUGUGUUUGUGUUGAAAUUCUGACAAGUAAAAGACAUUGACGAUUACAGAAGUUGAGGGUUCAUGUGUUGUUAAGCAGACUUCAGUGUAGCUUCUGGCAAUACCAAACUAUGCCAUCAAACAAUACUGGAAAAUAACAUAUAUGUCGCACUAGAACUCCUCUUGCAGUCAGUUUGUGAACAUGUUAAGGAAUUAAGAAAUCUUGUGAUGCUAAAAAUAGCAUGCUGAUGCAAGUGUCAAUAGUGGAUUAGCACUUAAGUGGUGGUGCCAUUUUGUGCGGGUCUAGUUUGUUUGGUGAUGCCAUUGUACAACACAGUACUGACAUGUGCAUGUGAGGGACUUGGGUGUUGUCUUCAUCCUCAACAUCCUCUACAUCUUGUUUAGAAGACCAAAAUGGAAUGUUUGAGUAGAACAAAAUGGGAAAUGUUCUUUUUUAGUAGAACAAAACAGGAAGUAUUCUUCUUUGAUAUGCUUCAGUGGGAUGUGUUCUUGCUUAUUAUAAUGCUUUACAAUGUUUGGGAGGCAUACUUGUUUUCAGUAGGCCUUUAGAGGAAGUUUUCUUUUGAGUAGGCUAAAAUGAAUCUUUUUGUAAACUGAACUGGAAUUUUAGACCAAAAUGGUAAGUGUUCUUGUUUCAAAAACUAAAAUUAGAAGUAUGAAAUACAGAAAUUGGAAGCGUUUGUGUUUAGAAGACUGAAAUAGGAAGAAUUCUUGUUUAGAAGAAUAAAAUUGUGUGUACCUGUCGUGAAUAGACUACAAUUUGUUAGUUUUGAAGGCCGAGGAAAAUAGUGUUUGCAGGGAAUGAGGUAUUCUUAUACCUGACAUACAGGAGUGGGACAUGCAAGUGUUUAGCAGCUGGGUGAAGAAUUGUUAGGGGAUCAAUGUUACAGUUGGGGGGAGGGGGGUUGGGGGAGCAGUUAGAGAUGCCAACCACUCCGAUUUUGGAGGAGUUACUCCGAUUUUCAAAUACAAAAUCCUUACUCCGUUUUGUAUAUAAAAACUCCGAUUAUUUAGAAAAUACAAAUAUGUUUAUAAAUUUAGAAUGUUUGAAAGAAUUUUAGUAAAUAUGUUCAUUUGAGUUAAAAAUUAUCUGGUUAAGUAUGCCCAGAAAUCGCAUAUUUCCAGGCUAAAUUUUCAUAGGGGAGGCCCCACAUACCCCCACCGCCAAAAGGGGCCCGAGCCUCCUCUCACGCUCACCCCCCAACUCGCACCUUCAGGGCUCGGGAAUUGCUUUCAGCAAGGCAUGACUCCAAUUUCAUCUGAUUCAGGGUUGGCAUCUCUGGGAAGGGGAACAGUUGCUGUGGAAGAGGAGGGCUGGGUUACGUUUGUGUAGAUCAGAUGGAACUGGGAGUGUCUUUUUGAUACGACACUGCUACUGUGUCGACACUGUCUUUCUAACACUGCUGUGGUGGGUGAGAGUAUUUCACCUACUGAACAUGUUGAACUAACUGUGAUAAAUGUUCAAUUGUAUAUAUAUAUUUACUUGCUCUACUCUGGGUUACAGAGAUUUGUAUAAAGAGAAUAUUUUCAUAUACAGACAUAGUCGAGAUGUAAACAGCUUCUGAUGGUGAUGAUCACUUUUAUGGUUUUUAGACUGUCUGUAAUCCAUAUACAGUGCUGAUUUGCUUUUUUGCCUGAAUGUUUUUGUACUGCAAGAUUUCAUGUGAGUAAGAUGGUGUUGUCAUUCAGAGCAGUUAAUGAAAUGUGUGCUGUUGCUUUAAAUACAACAAAUAUUCCAUAUAUAGCAUAUAUUCUAUAAUUGGCAGUUGUAAUUUUACAUUGUUUCAGUGUCAUGCUUUUAGAACAUGUUUUAUUGUGACAACUGUGCUAUAUUGGCAGAUUAUUUUAAAAAUAUACAAACCCCCAAAACACUGAAAAAGGCAUGAAACAUGAUAAAGGAUAUAUUUUAGUCCAGAAUGAAUUGUAUUUCACUAUCACAUACACAAUUUAUCCGUGGAAAUUUCCAUAUUAAAUGUGUUCAAGAGCUAGGUCGUGAUGGUUGAUCAUGUAAAGGGAGCUAACUCCUACGGCCAUAUUUGCCUAGUAUCCUUGUAAGAUCUCAUUUAGUUGUAGAGGCUAACAAUUACAGAUCUGUUUUGUUUAUUUUAUUGUAGCUCUUGUCAGUGAGAUAUGUAACCUCUUGACACUGAUUUUACUCCCUUAUAGUGCUUGUUUCAAUGUUUAUCUAGUACUCCGUGAAUGCAGACUACACACAUCAGUCUCCAACUAAACUGAGACAUAUAUACGGCUCAAAAUAAGUUCAGGACCACCCUAUUCUUUCAUAUUAGCAACAAUCAUUUGAUUGCUUGAGGCCUUGAAUUUUGGAUGCAGACUGGAAUUUAUUUCAUUGCAGAACCAGAUGUUUUUUAACUAAAACUAUAUGGCUCAAUACAAUCAAAUUGCUAUCUUUCACAGACCUAUUCAGGCAGCUAAUUUAUUUUUGAAAGUAUGAAGCUUAAUUAUUUUUCAAAUCUUUUCUGGGACAAUCUAUUUGUUUGACUCAUGUCCCAAGAACAUCAAGAAGUCAGUCCCGUACUAUAGUAAUAUGAAAGAAGUGGGUCAUCUUGAACUUCAUGUGAGGAGUAUUUUACCUCCUACUCAAAGUGCUGCUGCUGCUACUUGUUCUUUUUGUUUUAUGUUUGAGCUUGCCCUGUUACUUGAAACAGUGAAACACUGUACAUAUUCAGAUGUUAAUGACAAGCAAUGUCCAAUGAUCUCAUUUCAUUGUCGACUCCCCCGACUCACUGUUUCAAAGGCAUUACUGAGAUGUUUGGAAAGUGAUGUCACCAUUUUGUGGUGCCCUAAGACUUUUUGCCCAAGUUCUACUAAAGUCUAGAACUGGAAAUACAUUUUACAUGCCCAAAGUAAUUCUGUAAAUGCAUGGCUAAAUAUGAGUAUAAGUUCUUGUUUUUAAUUUUGAGUACCAAAUAUGUCCCUUUCUAUGGCUAGAAUGUAGAAAAAAUCGAAUGGGUACCAUUUCUUUUAAUAUACAUUGCAUCUACAUCAGAGUUGUUGCAUUUAUAGACAUGAGCUUGAUGAAGUAGCUGUUAUUGCAUAAAUUGAAAGGUGCCAAAUGUGCCAACAUGUGAUAGAUAAUAAACAUAUUCAUUAUUAUAUCAUGUUGACAUGAUUUUGAUAUUGAAACUUGCUGUACACCAAGAUAAGUAUUGAAUAUGUUCAUCUUGGCAUAUUGGUGUAGGUAAUCAACAGAACAAGAGGCUUGUACAAGCAAUAUAAUGCAACCAAUGGUACCUUGGGGAGGUGGACAACACUUGUAAACGGUCAUUUAUGUACCCCUGUGCUCCACCAUUGACAUCUUAAUCAUUCACUGAAACAAUUACCGGUACAAUAUUUUCCUUACUUAAAGUAUUUUAUGAAGCUUUAAGGACACUACCACCACAUGCUACAUGUAUUCUCAGUAUUCCAGGAUGUACUCAUCUGUAUGUUGUAUUCAUUUGUAACAUUUUCUGUUCUAUCUUUGUAACUUACACCGAAUUUUGCCUGGAAGAAUUUCAUGAGGAUUAGUAGCUCUUGCAGUGAUGUUUCGUAAUGGAUGCUUAUUGCCUUUUCUACAAGUUUUGGAUUAAGAGAUUUUCUGUGUGGGAUCUGUGAGUGAGUGAGGCUGUCAUUCCACUUGUACAAUCAGUGUAGGUUGUGUGCAGCAUUUAGCAGGCUCAUGUACAGCAUGGGGUUACUGUCAAUAAACAUUUUUUAUAUACAGAAA